AUAGAGAAACAACAUAGAGUUACUUAUCUUCUUUAUAAUACUAAAAACGACUUAUCCAUCUUAAAUAACCUUAGGAACAUGAACCGAACAAAACGUGAACGUGAAUGAAUCGUUCUUUUGAGUCGGAUCUUUUUAAUGAAACAAGUUCACAAAGCCAGUCUUAUUUCGUUUGCGAAUUGUUCAAAGCAAGGAAGAUUUUACUUUUGGGCGGUAGAAGAAAUAUUACAAAUAAAAUAUCUUUGAAAUAAGUUUACAACUUCAGCUGAAUCUGCAACAAAUAAAACUAGGAUACGUUAAAUGGCAAUAAACAUUAUUAAUAAGACAGCGUGCCUACAUACGUUUAAUAAGACGACUUUGAUUAAAAUCGGCCUGCAUUCCAUAUUAUUUAGGGCAGAUAGGGUGGAUAGUGGGACGCAGGGUCAGACUUGAGUGGCACCAUGUGCGUCAUGACGUAAAAUGGAAUGGUUUUUAAACGAACUGUUCAAAAGAAUCGAUUCCGGAUAACGAGUCAGUCAUCAUAUCGUCAAACACACUGCUUGUCAUAAAUAUUUUUUAUAAUGUAGUACAUUUUUAAUCGCCUGUAAUCCGUAAGUGCGAAAUUUUAUCGUUUUUAUAAGCGUGACACAAUAAUAAAGGGAUGUGAAGUUUGUUCUCUGGUGCCAACGUGUGUUUUGUGUGUUACAUGAACUUUCACCUCAGUUCCCACAGCCACGCUGGAGCGUGUGGAUUUGACAUGACAUACAGUGACAACACUGACACGAAUCUUUAAACUUUGAGUAUGCACUGUCUGUCGAGCUUUUAGCAAUUUUUAAUUUUUUUAAAUCCCGAAAGAAUCGCGUUUGCUGCACACUGUCUGUUCCAGCCACAUGGAAACUUUCGUAAGGUUCACUAACCAGAGUCAAGGAAGGGAUCGCAUAUUCAGAGCAACCCAAUAUGCAUGUGCUUUGGCGAAAUACCUUCUGAGAAAUGAAGCGAAGAGAAAAGAGCUGAUCAAAAAGCUGCAAUUUCUGGAGUCUAAUAUGAGUUCUGGGCGGAAGCUAUUCAGGCUUGGAAACACAGUCAACUCGAUUCACGCGGCCAAGAGCACUCUUCAUAUUUCUGACCCUGUGCUGCGCUUUUGCCUUAUUUUUGCCAACCUCAACCGUGCCUUAUAUUUCAUCUGUGACAACAUUCUCUGGGCCAAAAGUGUUGGGCUAAUAAAAGAUAUCGACAAGGAGCGCUGGAGCUUGAACUCCACUCGCUUUUAUUUCCUAUCCUUGGUCAUGAAUCUAACCAGAGACGUCUAUGUGAUCGCCCAGCUCAUGGUGCAGAAGUCUCGGGACCAACACUUCCAGCAAAAAGCCGACCAACAUCUCAGUGAAAGCCCGGAUGUGGCUUGUGCCGUAGUGCCUCAGCUUGAUGCGUUCCUGUUCCUUCUUAUCGAGAGCCUCAGAAAUGAACCGUCUGUGGCUCUCGAUACGCUUAAAAAUGUUUGCGAUCUAUUCAUUCCACUUGACAAACUGGGAAUUUACCAGACAAAUGCCGGGGUGGUGGGCUUCUGUGGCCUUGUUUCCUCACUUUUAGGUAUACUGUCCGUUUUGAGGCCUAGCCUCAAAAUCAAGCCAUGAUUUAGGGAAUGAAUGAGGAAAAUGCUUUCGAGGAACAUCCAAAAUGUCUUGUAUAAGGAUACUUUCCUAACAACUAUUGUGAUUUCAUUUUAGUGUGGAAUUAGAUUAACAUCAAGCAUAUUUUUGUAAAUGGAUCAACUUAAUUGUUGUAUAAGGGAGACAGGGGAACAGAACAUACCCAUAAUGCAUUAGUGCACCUGCGGGGCUGUUCACAAAAUAAUAAUAAUAAUAAAAAAUAUUAGCAUCAUUUAGAUAAGAUCUCGCAGUGUGGGAUUGACCACAUGCUGUGUACACUUUCAUUAAAUUGAGUGCCUUGCUCUAUCUGUUGUUGUAUUAUGGCAGUCCUACUGAAAUAAUACACUUGUAUAUUAUGCACUGUUUAGUAGUUUUAAUAGAGAUUAUAACAAGUUGGUACUGAUGAUAUUGAGAUGAGGGUACAUGAACACAUUUUGUAACUUUCCAACAAAAAUAUGCUUUCUAUGAUGGCAGAUGUUCAACUUUCUCAAAUAUGUGCUUAGUAUUUAGUCUCUUUUAUGUGGAGAACCCUCUGUGAAGUUAGAUAUUCUACCUCGUCCUGUAAGACCCCACAGUUGUUUUUUACUGAUGUGUGUUUUAUUUUAGGUGCCAGACAGGGUUUUGUUAGUUGUUAUUUCCAAUUUUGGUUUAUCAAGACAACAGAUAACUUAUUACAUUCUGAUUCCACAUAAUCGGUUGUCAGCACAAACUGCUUUAAGAACAAACUGUGAAUUUUAAUAAAGGAAUUUCUAUG